AUGACUUGUCUUCCAUCACUGCUGCCGAUUUUGGCCGACGAGGAAGAAGAUGGCACCUCGGAGCCUAGUGAAAGCGGGGAGUCGUCUCAGGAUGAUGAUGCGGAAGGAGAGACGGACGACGAGGUGGACCCUGCUGCCGUGGCAGGAACACAGGGUGAAACGGAAAUAGACAAUGAUUUCGAUCGCCUCGUUGCCGAUAUACGCCAGCUGGAUCGGACUUCGAAUGCACCUGCCGGUGUCCUCACGAAGACAUGGGACAUCAACAUUGAAGACCAGGAUGCGGCAUUCAGGGACGACCUACGCCUUGCAUCUGGCAUAGGCGCUCGUAGACGCAAGGGUCAGAAACGGGGUCGUCGCUCAGGUCCCGUGCUGUCUCAGCAAGUACGGGCUCUCAUAGGCGAAGGCAAUCAGGCAUUCGUCGAUAACAACAUAGAAGAGGCUAUCAGGAUUAUGCAAGAGGUCAUCCGGAUUGAGCCGAGGGCAUCAUCUGCCUGGUCCGUGUUGGCGCGGUGCUAUACCGAUAUAGGCGACGACAAGAAAUCACUGCAGUUCCGAAUCAUGGCAGCACAUCUCAAACACGAUCCGGAAGAAUGGGAUGAACUGGCGAAGCAGUCAAGGGAGAUGGGAUAUAUGCAGCAAGCGCUAUAUUGCUACCGCAAGAUCUACAGCCUUGAUCCUGACAACGUACACGCGCUUUGGGAACGUGCAUCGCUAGCGAAGGAGGUUGGGGAUGUACGCGCGGCGCGUCAUUCUCUACUCGCACUGUUAAGGAGAAUUCCUCAUGACCUAACGGUCCUUGACGAGCUUCGCCCCUUGUUGAUCGAGACCUCCGAGCUGGACCUGUGCGCUAAGCUCUUCGCCGACGCGUUCGAGCAUUAUCAAAGCCUCUACCCCGCCGGCUCUGCUACAGACCCAGAAACCGGCGCUCAGGUCCCAGGCGGUGGCUUUGGACUCAUGGACAUCCUUGUCCUCGCUGACCUGUACAAUUCCUCGAAUCUCAAAAGGUUUCAGGACGCGGUGCGCACGAUCAAGCGUGGUUGCCGAUGGCUCCAAGGUCGCGCGUUGCAAAAGUAUUGGGAUGCGCGUGAGGACGAUAGCGAGUACGACCUGGAUCCAAGAAAUGCUCCUGAAAGCGUUGUUCUCGUGCCACGAGAUAAGACAGUGGAGCCAGGGCACUACCCACUCGAUGUGAACGCGAGACACAGGCUCGGAGUUGCACGCCUCAAAAUGGGUGAUCUGGAUGAGGGAAAGAUGCACGUCAGCAUCGUUCUUUGCGAAGAUGUCAUGGACUACGCCCCAUUGUUUGGGGAAAUCGCGGAUGUAUAUUUCGAGCGUGAAAUGUAUGCGGAGGCAAGACCAAUAUAUGAGACGCUUGGGAUGGAUGCCGGGACGAGUAGCAUGUAUAUCCUACUGCAAACUGCGGCCUGCCGCCGUAUGUUGGGGGAGCUCCCAGAAGCUGCGGAGGUCUACGAACACGUGAUAUCCAUGGACCCCACGCACAAUGAUGCGAAGCUCAAAUUGGCCGAGAUAUACGAGAUUCUCAAUGAGCCUCGCAAAGCUCUUGACCUUGUUUAUCAAGUAAUCGAUUCCAGAAGACAACGAUACGCGCCGCGAGGUGCGAAUACCGAUAGCCAAAACCAGGCGGAGGGGUCGCUCUUCGCCGAAUCCGCGCCGAAGAAGCAAAAGAACAAGGGACAGCCCCGCAUGUCGAAUGCGCAACUUGGCGAGCUGGAGGCUCGUAUGGAAAAGGAGACUACUCAGUCCUAUCAGCGUCUUAAGGAGCUAUGGCCGGACCUUCGUGCGCGAUUGGCGAACGACAACGUACCGGGCGGCGAACAAGUGGAGAGGGAGUGGAUGCACGAAGCUGCGAAGAUGGUGGAGAGCUUUCGAGAGACGAGACAGCUGUUCACCUCCAACCGUCAAGGUGGAUUCCGUGGGAUGUUUAAGACUAGAACUAGACCCGUUGAGGAUAACGAAGAUUCCAUGGCAUCUCGCCUGCAGUUAGACCUCGCUUUCGACUCCCUGCAACGCAAGGCGAAGGGCAAGGACGGCCGUAUCCAUAUUUUCCGGGGGUUAUCAUUCGACGAUUGGCUGUCGGUGUUCAUGCAGUACACUUUCAUUCUGGCGAAACGCAAUCAAUAUGCUCUGGCCGACGAGAUCCUCAAUCACAUAUCGCUUUCAGUAGCCUAUCAGAAACAGGAUGAACAAGAUACCAUCCGAUUAUCUCUCAUAACAAUUGCCGUUGUCGCUCGUCAAUUCCAUGCAGUUGUACGGCAUGCUCGGAAGCUCAUUAUAACCCAUCAGUUCAACAACGAGCCGAUUCGAAUUUUGAUGGCAUCCCUUGGAAGCGGCAUUGCUGCCACGGAUGCUUUUAUAGCACAAACGUUCCAAAAACACUUGCUUCGCGAACUGAAACUUCAUGACACAGCCGUCCACAAGAAGGAGUUGAUCCAAUGGCAUGGUCGUAUCAAGCGCUUCGUUCAGGUAUCAGAAAAACUCGGGGACGUCGACGAUGAAGGAGGGGAUGAGGACCCUGAAAUCGAAGACGCAGACGACGAUGGCGGCAAAGCCACCGGAGAUGCUCCUCCUCUACCAUCGAAACCAAAUCCCAUGGGCGUAACCGUCUACGGUCAAAUCUGCUGUGCCGCCAAGAGCUAUCAAAGCGCAAUAUUCUAUCUACUACACGCUGUAGACUACAGUGUAGAUGACCCUGUGAUCUGUCUGUCCAUGGUUAUUGCCUCGCUUGGUCGCGCAAUGCAGCGUCAAGCGGACAAUCGUAACCAUCUUCUCGCUCAGGCUUUUGCAUUCCUGUCCAAGUAUCGACAACUGCGUGCGGAUGAGGCUGAAGACGAAGUGGAAUACAACUUCGGCAGAGCAUUUCAGCAGCUAGGAUUGCACUCACUCGCCGUCCGUCAUUACGAGCGCGUCCUGGAGAUCGUAGAUCAUCGAAGGCAACGCGAUGAUAAGGACUACGGAGUUGCGCGUGAGGCUGCCUACAACCUCUGCAUGAUAUACGUGACCACCGGGGCAUCACCUUUGGCGAAGGGCGUCAUGCAGAAGUGGUUAUCAAUCUGAAUGCUGCCCUUCACUGUGACCACACGGCCAAAUCCCUCUGUCACCUGUCAACUGUGACGUCGGCGACUUGUGGCGGGAUUGACAGCACCCUUGUUCGCGUGCUCCAAACUCUUUCGUCUCUGCUCUCUUGCUGUGUUCUCCUUCUCUCAAUGGCGACGCCCGAGGGUCCAUCCAUGUCGCACCCUGCAGAUUUCCUCCCAUCUACACCCAGGCUAGUGGCCCCUGCCCUCACUACUUCGCAAACUAGCGAAGGAACAGCCGAUUUCUCGAAUCUGCCCACCCCCGUCGACGAGGAAGCACCAAUCCUCCAUGCAAAAUCAGCUUUCAUCCCUCAUAAUCAAGAGAAAACGCGUAUUGCACCCUCCGCUACCGAUCUCCGUCACGAUGAAAUCGUCUCCGAUCUUGGGUCACGAGGGCAAGAAGAAAGUGAAGUAAGGGAAAACGUACCCUGAUCUCGUCGUCGUCGUCGAUAACGAUCUGCAUAGUACGGGCUCUCUGAAAGCACUUCGCAUACCCCGACGCCGCGAAUUGGGUAUUCGAAUCUCUUGGCGUCUACCUCCGGUCUCAGGAAGCGGCGGCAAAUCAAAGACGUCAGCGACACAUACAUCCCGUCCCCCGCGCAACUCGACGCCGAACGCGGCGAUGGUUCCUUCGCAGAAAGCACGCGAGAAGGGAGACGGGGACAGCCUAAUACAAAGCGACGCAGGAUCUGGGACAGACACAGCAGCGCCGAUCUCACGGAAGCCCGUCACCAUAAUCUUUCAAAAGCCCUUCGUCGAGUCGAUCCACCGAUCCAUGUUCGGGAAGCGAUGAGAUAUCAGGAAGAGGAGUUACCAGAAGAUGUCCUCAGGAUUCUGUAUCCCACCCACGAACGCUACGUCGAAGACAGGUUCAUUCGCGCCUCCAACAACCCCCUUCUCGAAGUCCUGAAGACCGUCGAUGGCUACUCGGCCCUCAUCUACAGCUUCCGAUGCGUUCAUUUCCUGCUAUGGUCGCUCGUCGCCGGUGGAGCGAUGAUCCUGUUCCCCGAUCAGUUGGACCUCAUCGCGUUCACGUCUGGAUACGGCUUCCUCCCUACGUCGGCAGAUCCGCGACAGAAACAUCUCAUCUUGCGGUCGUUUGCGCCGCAUCUCGUGAUGACGUCCUUGUUUGCGUUCAUCAUGUUCGCUUGGUGCAUCGGGCGUGUGUUGGGUUCCCUGCUUGUCAUUGCGGUAGCAUCUCGCGCCCUCUGGGUCCGGGGGACCCAUCAAGGCGAAUCAAAGGCUCAGCGACAUCGCACCGAUAAUCGCAUUUUGUGGGACAUACUGGCACGAGAUCUCGAAGGACGGGAGGGCGAGCGCGAGCGCGACGCCCCAGACGUAGCUUAGCUCAAAUGAUCGCACUCUUUACCGAGGCAAACGUUUACUAUAGUUGCUUCUGAAAACGGCGGGAACGUGGACGUCAUGUACAUAACGUGAGCCGCCGAUGGGUGCCAAGCGCAGGACACAUAAUGCUACAAC